GUCUGUGGUGGCCGCGGCGGCGAGAGCGACGGUCCCAUCUUUCCCACCCUCUCGGUUGCCGCUGGCCACACGCCCUCCGCUGGCGGCGACUUCUCAGCUCCGUGCGCCCGGGCUGGACAGUGAGCCUCGAGAGGAGACGCGGGCGGCUAGAGCCGGAGUGGGGCGAGCCGCGGAACCCGGCCGGGAGCCGCGCGAGGCGAUUGCCAUCACGAAAGCCAAAGUGGAUUUCUCCAGUGUGGUGUGCCUGCCCCCUUCCGUCAUUGCUGUGAAUGGGCUGGACGGAGGAGGGGCCGGCGAAAAUGAUGAUGAACCAGUGCUCGUGUCCCUAUCUGCGGCACCCAGUCCCCAGAGUGAAGCUGUUGCCAAUGAACUGCAGGAGCUCUCCUUGCAGCCCGAGCUGACCCUAGGCCUCCACCCUGGCAGGAAUCCCAAUUUGCCUCCACUUAGUGAGCGGAAGAAUGUGCUACAGUUGAAACUCCAGCAGCGCCGGACCCGGGAAGAACUGGUGAGCCAAGGGAUCAUGCCGCCUUUGAAAAGUCCAGCCGCAUUUCAUGAGCAGAGAAGGAGCUUGGAGCGGGCCAGGGAUAUGGAAUGAUCACCCGAUCCUCCUUCCCUGAAUUUUGGAGUGCUUUGGAGACCACUGGUAUUUCCCCAUCUUUAAUUCCACUUAACCUUUUGUAGAUGUUGGGACACAAACAUUAGCCAAUGGAAAAGCUUCCCAAGUCCGGGGUUACACUGGCCACACCUCACAGGGUGGGCAUUCCAAGGGGCAGGAAACCUUCUUGGUCUCCAUCUGCCCAGAGUAGGUGGUAUCCACUUGACUCUUGUGGAAAGCAGAAACUGGCCCACACUCCAAGCCCAAGUUUUCUGCCGCAGCACCUUACUUGCGUCCCCAUCCCAACUCUGUUUCAGUUCCCCAGGGGCCCCUGAGGAAUAUUCUGCUGCCCAGUGUGGGUAGAGAUGGGGAAGUCACCAGAACUUGCUUCCCCCUCACACUCCCUUUACUUUUUCCUUUCACAUAAAAUCAUGGGAAGAUAAUCCCCCUAGACAGAUCAUAGGCUGCAUCUCCUUAAGACCCACGGCUAUUUUAUUUUACUUUAUUUUUUGAGACUGAGUCUCACUCUCAGUCUGGAGUGCAGUGGCGUGAUCUCAGUUCACCGCAGCCUCCGCCUACCAGAUUCAAGCGAUUCUCCUGCCUCAGCCUCCCAAGUAACUGGAACUACAGGCUCCCACCACCACGCCUGGGUAAUUUUUGUAUUUUUAGUAGAGAUGGGGUUUCACCAUGUUGGCCAGCCUGGUCUCAAACUCUUGGCCUCAAGUGAUCUGCCUGCCUUGCCCUCCCAAAGUCCUGGGAUUACAGGCAUGAGCCACCACACCCAGCCUCACAGCUAUUUUAGAGUCUCAGAAAUAUUUACCUCCAAGACUUUUUUUUUUUUUUUUUUAAACUUUCUUUCAUUCCCCUCUCCCCAGAAAAUCAUGAUUAAUUCUUAGAGUAAGUGGGAAGAAUGAGGUCAUGGGUCCUGGGAACCAAAGGAGUAACAAGCAGCAGUGGUUUAGUUUGCUGAGAGCACUGGAGAGUACAGUGUUGGGGGAAAGGAUGGCGUUGCCUGUGCGCCUAUUCGGUCAGAAGACUGGGCACCAUUUACUUGACUGCUUCUCAAAUAGGCAGGGACCAGUAGCGCUGAUUAGAAGAGUCUGUUUUAUUGAGCACCUUUAUGUAAGAGGUUGUAUCUGUUUCUUUUUUAUCCUCACAUCAACUCUUAUGAAUUAGGUGGUAUUAUCCUCAUUUUAUAGAUGCAGCUAAGAGAAGUUAACUCACUUGUCCAGCCAAUAAGUGGCAAAGCUGGGAGUCAAACCUUUGUCUGUGGAUUCUAGAUUUUUUUUGAGCAAAAUGAUUUUAUUUCCUAACACAUGGUAACCAUAACGUUCAAUUUGCUUACCAUGCACAUCUGUUCACAAAUGACUUCCACAUUACAAUAACUACUUCCAUAUUUACACAUGUACUAAAAAUUAUCUUAGUUGAGAUAUGAAACAUGAAUAUAUUGGAUUGGUUAUAGCAGAAUUUGCUUUACUUAAUUCUAAAAGCUUAAAGCUUUGAAAAGCUGCUACUUUUGCAUCUCAUACUUCCAGAUGAAUAAGACACAGCAAUAUCAGCUCGUAUUCAAGAGAAGUUUCAUUUCUUUUUCUGGUGUUGGAACCAGCUGCCCACAUCUGUGCGUGCUACAUAAGGCAGCUAUACAUGGUGGUGGGAAAGCAUCCACAAUGGCUUCAGCUAUGUCAGGAUCACACUUGAGGGGCUCUGAGAUGCUGUUGUAUUUACACAACUGAUUGCUUUGUUUUUCUUUUUUUGUAAUUUUAGAGGUGGGAUUUUGCUAUGUUGCCCAGGCUGAAUUCCAACUCUUGGGCUUAAGCAAUCCUUCUGCCUUUGACCUCCUGAAUAGCUGGGAUGUGUAGGCAUCUACCACUGUACCUUGUCAAACUGAUUUUGUUCCUUCAGUUUUCUUCGACACAAAUGUGCUUCAGUGGUCAUGAAUGCCUUUAAUGAUAUCAGUUGCAAAAUCCGUAUCUUUAAAUUUGGCCCUGAAAGUUCUCUGGUUUUCCAUCAGAGACCUUAUACCCUCUAAACCAUUCCAGAGUAGCCUCUAGGUAGUCAGGUUUCAGCCAUUUGACAUAAUUAAUAUGUUUACUAUUUGUCACAAAGGAUACAACUCAGGAACAGCCAGGUGGAAGAGAUAUGUAGGUAUGUGGGAAGGGACGAGGAGCUUUUGUGCUCUCUCCAGGUGAGUGUGUCACCCUCCUAGCACCUCCAUGCCUUUAACAAACCAGAAGCUCCUCCAUAUAUUUUCUUAAUCAGUACUAUAUUCUACCUCAGUCAUGGCCACUGGUCAGAGCUUCAGAUGGCUUAGAGAAUAAGUCUUCCAGUGUCAUCUGUGAAGACUUGCGGCACCUGCUCUACCAAUCUCUGCUGCAGCUGAGGCAGUACUUCUGCCCACUGCACGUGGGGUGAUAGAGCCAGAGCCCACAGUCACUUUAAACCAUCUCCUGGAUUGCUCAGCCUCCCCUGGGCUGGCACAGAGCUGCCCAGCCAGAACAACAAGGCAGCAGAUGGCUAGGUGAGGACAAGUCUUUUUUUUUUUUCUUUUUCUUCAUUUUUUUCCAGUCUUUACCUUUACUAUAUAUAAUGUCCUCCGAGGCUUCAUUGCCUAGUGUCCUUUGGCUUGUCUUAUCCUGUGCUGGUCUUGAUCCACUAAUGUUCUGUGGUUUGAAAAUGUUGGUGCAGAGGUUAAGAGCACAGACUCUAUAGAGUCAGGUCCAGGGGAAUAUAUAUAUUAUAAUUAGCCCCGUUUGGUGGGAUGGCUCUGUGACUGUUGAGGGACUGGUUUAGUUUGCCCAGAGUCUCAUAAAUGCAGAAAUUAGGACAUUGGACUUUGAGGAACUAGAGCUUUGCUACCAUGUGUCAAAAUUAGUAUUCCAUUUGGCAGCCAUUCAAAAUGAAUGGAAAAUGCCCAUGAGAUCAUGCAGUGUUACAGUUUUUUGGGGGUUUUUUUGGCUUUUGGUUUUUUUUUGUUUUUUGAGACGGAGUUUCGCUCUUGUUGCCCAGGCUGGAGUGCAGUGGCGCAGUCUUGGCUCACUGCAGCCUCCACCUCACGAGUUCAAGUGAUUCUCCUGCUUCAGCCUCCCAAGUAGCUGGGAUUACAGGCGCCAGCCACCACAUCUGGCUAAUUUUUGUAUUUUUAGUAGAGACAGGGUUUCACCACAUUGGCCAGGCUGGUCUCAAACUCCUGACCUCAGGUGAUCCACCCACCUUGGCCUCCCAAAGUGCUGGGAUUACAGGCUUGAGCCACCGUGCCUGGCCCAAUGUUACAUUUCUUAAAGCAGGAUAUAAAAUCAUAUUCAGUGUGAUUACAGCGCUGCAAAGUUAAGCCUAUUUUCUGCAUGGAAGAAUAACUAGAAACAGAUAUCCCAGAAUACUAAGAGUGGCUGAUUAAAGUUUAUUUUAUUUUAUUUUUCUUUCUAGUUUUCUAAAUGUUCUUUGCUGGACAUAUAUUACUUUUAUGGUAGUAGAAGUAAUAGUUUUUUAAUAGAUAUAUUGUCAGUCCAGCCUCAGAGACACAGAUGGUCUUGAAGGAUGGUGCCCUUCCUUGGCAGGUGCAGUUGGAUUUUGGUGUGCUCUCCCCAGGCCUCCUCUUGCCUCUGAACCCUGCAGUCACCAAGUUAAGGUUGUGGGAACUGCAGAGGUGGUCAGCAGCUACCACGGCCAAGGCUGCUGUUGUGAUCCUGUCCAUGCCAUAAGCCUGUGACCUGGAUUUGAGAGUUUCUUGGUGUGUUUUUUCUGUAGACAGAGGACUAUCUCAAACGGAAGAUUCGUUCCCGGCCGGAGAGAUCGGAGCUGGUCAGGAUGCACAUUUUGGAAGAGACCUCGGCUGAGCCAUCCCUCCAGGCCAAGCAGCUGAAGCUGAAGAGAGCCAGACUAGCCGAUGACCUCAAUGAGAAGAUUGCACAGAGGCCUGGCCCCAUGGAACUGGUGGAGAAGAACAUCCUUCCUGUUGAGUCCAGCCUGAAGGAAGCCAUCAUUGUGGGCCAGGUGAACUAUCCCAAAGUAGCAGACAGCUCUUCCUUCGAUGAGGACAGCAGCGAUGCCUUAUCCCCCGAGCAGCCUGCCAGCCAUGAGUCCCAGGGUUCUGUGCCGUCACCCCUGGAGGCCCGAGUCAGCGAACCACUGCCCAGUGCCACCUCUGCAUCCCCCACCCAGGUUGUGUCUCAACUUCCGACGGGCCGGGAUUCCAGAGAAAUGCUUUUCCUGGCAGAGCAGCCUCCUCUGCCUCCCCCACCUCUGCUGCCUCCCAGCCUCACCAAUGGAACCACUGUCCCCACUGCCAAGUCCACCCCCACACUCAUUAAGCAAAGCCAACCCAAGUCUGCCAGUGAGAAGUCACAGCGCAGCAAGAAGGCCAAGGAGCUGAAGCCAAAGGUGAAGAAGCUCAAGUACCACCAGUACAUCCCCCCGGACCAGAAGCAGGACAGGGGGGCACCCCCCAUGGACUCAUCCUACGCCAAGAUCCUGCAGCAGCAGCAGCUCUUCCUCCAGCUGCAGAUCCUCAACCAGCAGCAGCAGCAGCACCACAACUACCAGGCCAUCCUGCCUGCCCCGCCAAAGUCAGCAGGCGAGGCCCUGGGAAGCAGCGGGACCCCCCCAGUACGCAGCCUCUCCACUACCAAUAGCAGCUCCAGCUCGGGCGCCCCUGGGCCCUGUGGGCUGGCACGUCAGAACAGCACCUCACUGACUGGCAAGCCGGGAGCCCUGCCGGCCAACCUGGACGACAUGAAGGUGGCUGAGCUGAAGCAGGAGCUGAAGUUGCGAUCACUGCCUGUCUCAGGCACCAAAACUGAGCUGAUUGAGCGCCUUCGAGCCUAUCAAGACCAAAUCAGCCCUGUCCCAGGAGCCCCCAAGGCCCCUGCCACCACCUCUAUCCUGCACAAGGCUGGCGAGGUGGUGGUAGCCUUCCCAGCGGCCCGGCUGAGCACGGGGCCAGCCCUGGUGGCAGCAGGCCUGGCUCCAACUGAGGUGGUGGUGGCCACGGUGACCAGCAAUGGAGUGGUGAAGUUUGGCAGCACGGGCUCCACACCCCCCGUGUCUCCCACCCCCUCAGAGCGCUCACUGCUCAGCACGGGCGAUGAAAACUCCACCCCCGGGGACACCUUUGGUGAGAUGGUGACGUCACCUCUGACGCAGCUGACCCUGCAGGCCUCGCCACUGCAGAUCCUCGUGAAGGAGGAGGGCCCCCGGGCCGGGUCCUGUUGCCUGAGCCCUGGGGGGCGGGCGGAGCUAGAGGGGCGCGACAAGGACCAGAUGCUGCAGGAGAAAGACAAGCAGAUCGAGGCGCUGACGCGCAUGCUCCGGCAGAAGCAGCAGCUGGUGGAGCGGCUCAAGCUGCAGCUGGAGCAGGAGAAGCGAGCCCAGCAGCCCGCCCCCGCCCCCCUCGGCACCCCCGUGAAGCAGGAGAACAGCUUCUCCAGCUGCCAGCUGAGCCGACAGCCCCUGGGCCCCGCUCACCCAUUCAACCCCAGCCUGGCGGCCCCAGCCACCAACCACAUAGACCCUUGUGCUGUGGCCCCGGGGCCCCCGUCCGUGGUGGUGAAGCAGGAAGCCUUGCAGCCUGAGCCCGAGCCGGUCCCCGCCCCGCAGUUGCUUCUGGGGCCUCAGGGCCCCGGCCUCAUCAAGGGGGUUGCACCUCCCACCCUCAUCACUGACUCCACAGGGACCCACCUUGUCCUCACCGUGACCAAUAAGAAUGCAGACAGCCCUGGCCUGUCCAGUGGGAGCCCCCAGCAGCCCUCGUCCCAGCCUGGCUCUCCAGCGCCUGCCCCCUCUGCCCAGAUGGACCUGGAACACCCACUGCAGCCCCUCUUUGGGACCCCCACUUCUCUGCUGAAGAAGGAACCACCUGGCUAUGAGGAAGCCAUGAGCCAGCAGCCCAAACAGCAGGAAAAUGGUUCCUCAAGCCAGCAGAUGGACGACCUGUUUGACAUUCUCAUUCAGAGCGGAGAAAUUUCAGCAGAUUUCAAGGAGCCGCCAUCCCUGCCAGGGAAGGAGAAGCCAUCCCCGAAGACAGUCUGUGGGUCCCCCCUGGCAGCACAGCCAUCACCUUCUACUGAGCUGCCCCAGGCUGCCCCACCUCCGCCAGGCUCACCCUCCCUCCCUGGACGCCUGGAGGACUUCCUGGAGAGCAGCACGGGGCUGCCCCUGCUGACCAGUGGGCAUGACGGGCCAGAGCCCCUUUCCCUCAUUGACGACCUCCAUAGCCAGAUGCUGAGCAGCACUGCCAUCCUGGACCACCCCCCGUCACCCAUGGACACCUCGGAAUUGCACUUUGUUCCUGAGCCCAGCAGCACCAUGGGCCUGGACCUGGCUGAUGGCCACCUGGACAGCAUGGACUGGCUGGAGCUGUCGUCAGGUGGUCCCGUGCUGAGCCUAGCCCCCCUCAGCACCACAGCCCCCAGCCUCUUCUCCACAGACUUCCUCGAUGGCCAUGAUUUGCAGCUGCACUGGGAUUCCUGCUUGUAGCUCUCUGGCUCAAGACGGGGUGGGGAAGGGGCUGGGAGCCAGGGUACUCCAAUGCGUGGCUCUCCUGCGUGAUUUGGCCUCUCCACAUGGUUGUGAGUCUUGACAAUCACAGCCCCUGCUUUUUCCCUUCCCUGGGAGGCUAGAACUGAGAAGCCCUUACUCCUGGUUCAGUCCCACGCAGGGCAGAGGAGAGCAGCUAUCAAGAAGCAGCCCUGGCUCUCACGCUGGGGUUUUGGACACACGGUCAGGGCCAUUUCAGCUUGACCUCCUUUUUUGAGGUCAGGGGGCACUGUCUGUCUGGCUACAAUUUGGCUAAGGUAGGUGAAGCCUGGCCAGGCGGGAGGCUUCUCUUUUGACCCAGGGCUGAGACAGGUUAAGGGGUGAAUCUCCUUCCUUUCUCUCCCUGCUUUGCUGUGAAGGGAGAAAUUAGCCUGGGCCUCUACCCCCUAUUCCCUGUGUCUGCCAACCCCAGGAUCCCUGCCAUUUUAGUGUCUUGGUGUAGUGUAACCAUUUAGUGGUUGGUGGCAACAAUUUUAUGUACAGGUGUAUAUACCUCUAUAUUAUAUAUCAACCUACAUAUAUAUUUUUGGGGGAGGGGGUGCGGACAGGAGAUGGGUGCAACUCCCUCCCAUCCUACUCUCACAGAAGGGCCUGGAAGGCCAUGGCUCCUGGGGGCUGGAUGCAAGGUUACCCUUGAGCUGCGUGCCACAGUGUGGUGCCCAGUCUGGCAUGCAGCUACCCAGGCCCACCCAUCACGUGUGAUUGACAUGUAAGUACCCUGCCACGGCCUAUGCCCCACCUGCCCUGCUUCCUGGCUCCUUAUCAGUGCCAUGAGGGCAGAGGUGCUACCUGGCCUUCCUGCCAGGAGCUCUCCACCCACUCACAUUCCGUCCCCGCCGCCUCACUGCAGCCAGCGUGGCCCUAGGACAGGAGGAGCUUCGGGCCCAGCUUCACCCUGCGGUGGGGCUGAGGGGUGGCCAUCUCCUGCCCUGGGGCCACUGGCUUCACAUUCUGGGCUGACUCAUAGGGGAGUAGGGGUGGAGUCACCAAAACCAGUGCUGGGACAAAGAUGGGGAAGGUGUGUGAACUUUUUAAAAUAAAAACAAAAACACAG